GACGGAGGGAGGAAACUUGGGGCAGGUGACACCGCGCUCGGUUCCUCCGGCUAGGCGGGAGACGGCUCCUCUGCGCCUCGCGGGCGGGCAGCGCCAUGCACGUCAAUGGCAAGGUGGCUCUGGUCACCGGCGGGGCUCAGGGCAUCGGCCGAGCCUUCGUCCAGGCGCUGCUGGGCAAGGGAGCCAAGGUAGCGCUCCUGGACCGCAACCCCGAGGCCGGGCAGCAGAGCAAGGCGGCCCUGGACGAGCAGUUCGAAGCGCAGAGGACGGUGUUCAUCCAGUGCGACGUUACGGAUACGGAGCAGCUGAAAGGUGCUUUCAAAAAAGUAAUUGAGCAUUUUGGAAGGCUGGAUAUUGUGGUUAAUAAUGCUGGAGUGAACAAUGAGAAGGACUGGGAAAGCACUAUACAAAUUAACUUGACAUCUGUGAUUAGAGGAACCUACCUUGGUCUAGAAUAUAUGAGAAAAGGAAAUGGAGGUGAUGGAGGAGUAAUCAUUAAUAUCUCAUCAUUAGCAGGAUCUUCAUAUUCAGGUGGAACCAGAGCAUCCAUGUGGUCCUGUUCAGCUGUUACUGCACAGUAGAUAUUGUUGGUAUAAUGUUUAAAAAUACAUAUAUAUACACGCAUGAUCUAUCUCUUCUUUAUCAGCUUUUCUCCAUCAAACUCAGUGUAACUAGAAUUAACUUCUUAAUUUUUCUACCAAAGUCUCUAUUCUUCUUUCUUUACUGUAAAUAAUGAUUUUAUGUUCUUUCACUCCCACUACAAAUGUUCACAAUCACAGCAGUCACUUUUCAUUUUGCUUCUCCUUUUCCUUACAGAACACAGCAACGUUAUUGCCAAGUAUUGCUAACUCUUUUUCCUGUCCCCUUCUAAACAUCAUGCUGGAUUUUCAUUUCUGAAUGGGGGCCACUGUAGGAGGUACCAUAUAGUGAAACUCAUUUCAGACAGUCUAAUUCAGUGUAGAAAAUGCUUUGAGAAUAUUUCCUAUCGACAUCUCUGCUUUUGUUUCUGCUCAAUAGGGAUUUCAUCUUACUACUUUCUCAGUGUUUAAUCACUCAUCUCCUUACUCUCUGGUACAGAGGAGGUCCUGCAUUCGUUUCUUAGUGCUUUUUCCAUUUGCUUAUUGCAAAUUAACUUCCCUAUUCCACGUAAGUCUUUUCUUAAAAACCAUCACCUAUGAAACAUUAUUGGAGCAGCAUUGUAGGUAAAAUAAAUUUUACAAUGCCUCUGAUGACAUGUUAAGUCUGAGUUACUCUGUUAUACUUCCUUCUUUGAGCAAAACCCAUUAUGCAAUGUAAUUUACUCUUUCUUGUCGUUCAAACCACAUUAUCAAAUAAAUAACAACAUUAUUUCAAGGGCAGAUGCAUUGGCUUACUGCACUUCAGCCAGUUGAGCAGCACAUUCAUUCCUAUCUCUUACUAGGAUUUAGGGGAAAUGUUUUCUCAGUUGUUUUGUUUUUUGUUUGUUUGUUUGUUUUACCAUCUGAGAGAAAUAACGUAAGCAAGGGAGUUAAGUCAGACAUUUUAUGUAUUUAUUUAGUGAAAUAUUUCUAGCAUAAUGGCAAUUCAGUUAUAGUAGCCAAAAUUAACUUUGCUAUUUCCCUCAUCUUGACCAACAUUCCUUCCUUAAAAUCACUUCAAAUGAACACAGGUGUCCAGUUUGUGUAUCAGCAGUUAAGGUUUCAGUAAUGAAAGUACCUAAAAUACUUUAGAUAUAUCGAGAUUCAUAAAAAAAAGGCUCUAAAAUUCUUUUUCUUGAGUGUUUCCUUUCAGGUCUUUUCCUCUAUUUUUGUCUUACUUCAGAGACAGAACUUUUAUCUUAAAAUUAUACUUUUUUCCAUUAUUCCACCUUUAGCUCCCUGUGUUUUCAUCUAUCUCAUCCAUUUUUCCCCACUUACCUUAGAAAAAAACAGAAUAUGCAGAUUUUAAUAAACUUUUUUGUUGCAUUUCUAUGAAUUUGAUUAAAAGUGAUCACUUUUUCUUUUACAUUACUAACUUACAUUUGUGUUUAAGGUCAUCAUAAGUAGGGGUACCCAACAUCCUUAUUCAGAUAACUUUUUAUU